GCUCCAUGCCGUUGCCGGCCUCCCAUUGGCGUCGGUGGCCGCGGUGUGGUCAGCGCCGUUGCCGGGAGACGGGACGCUGGCGACGGACUGACCCGAGCUGCCGGCGAUGGACGCCCGCCUCAGCCUGGAGCAGCUGUUUGCGGCCAUACCAGCGCAGUGGGUGUGGAAGGAUGAUACCAAUAAACUGGAGUUGGUCAGCUUGCAGCCAACACCAGAUGGCAAAGACAAAAAGGCACUGGCCAGAGUGCGAGCCAUCCUGGACCCCAUCCAUGAAGUUCUGGAGAAAUCGAAGUACGGAGUUUCCAGGCGGGCUUACGUGAGCAUGGCCAGAGUGGUUGCGCAGCCCCUGUCCGGCCUACAGGACCAGCAGAAGCAAGAAGAACGUUUGUGCCGCUGUGUCACCCUCAACGACAUCAAAUAUGCUGCUCUCCUCUUGCUGGGCGAGAAAGAUCCCAUCGGCACCCGGAAACGAUUUCGGCCGAUGUUGAGGAAGCAACAGCUGGAUGACUUCCUCAUGGCUCUGAUCAGGUACUUCUCCAUCUUGCUACCCAACGUGGGAUCCGAAUCCAAGGCGGCGGAGUAUGUGACAAACGUGGAGAAGGUGGAGAAAGAUGUGUGCCGGUGCAAGAUCGCACAGAAGCAGCUGGCACACACCUACGCCACUCUGCUGCUGGGUCUGGGAAUGAUGGAGCUACACCACAUGGCCUGUGGCAAGUCGCUGGGCUCAGCCACUCGUAAGGACCAGCUGCUGUUUGAGUGCCUGUACGCCUACAGUGUGCACGUGGUCUGGGUCGCCUACGGAAGGAAGAACCUGGAGGUGAUCCGGGCUGAGGUGGGACGUCUCCUGCGAUCCGAAGCCUUCAACCCUGCUCAGUACAUGAAGGAGAAGGACCAGGGUGGGCAGAAGCCUCAGAGCGAGCACAGGAGGCAGCAGGCCAAGCGUCCAGCCAUCAGCUCCAUCGUGCAUCAGCGAUCACCGGUGCUGAUGAACGAGCUGCAGACGGCCAGGGACAAGUCUGACUACCUCUUCAGGCAGCACGGUGUGAAGCUGGACCUGGGCGCCCCUCAACAUCGAGUGAAGGCUGGUGGCGAACCCCCUCCGUUGGGCAUCCUGGGGGAGCCGCUCAGCAAGUUCCUGCUGGACACGCUGAUCCCAUUCGAGGUCCACGCAGAGGGGAGCGCCAGGGAGGGGGCGGAGACGGACACAGAGGUGGGGGACGGGGGGGGGCAAGAGGAGGAGCUGAGAAGCGUGCUGUCCCUGGAGGCACCAGCGCGACACGGGAGUGUCCCCACCCAUGCCGUGACCAUGUCUCGCACCACCACCGGCGGCACCAACUCACGCCACAGCCUUCUCCGCUAGCCCAACCAUCUACAACCCCCUCCCCUCCACAACAUCCUGUCCGCUCAAGACCACCUCCAACCCCCUCUCCUCUUCUCCCUCUCCUCCCUCCUCUCCUCUCCUCUCCUCCCCUCCUCUCCUCUCAAAAUAAACCUCACUGUGUGACUUGUUUGACUGUAUCGAUUUCCUGCUCCCUCACCAUCAGUUGUGGUCACUCUUGUAUGGGAUGGAUGGCAUAAAGCUGGAAAGAGUGCUUAUGUUCGUUCAAUGUAUGGGCGGUUACGGUAGCGCAGCGGUAGAGUUGCUGCCUUACCAGCGCCGGAGACCCGGGUUCCAUCCAGACUGCGGCUGCUGUCUGUACGGAGUUUGCACGUUCUCCCCGUGACCGUGUGGGUUUCCUCCGGGUGCUUCGGUUUCCUCCCACACUACAAAGACGUGCAGGUUUGUAGGUUAAUUGGCUUUCUAUAAAUAUAAAUUGUCCCUAUUGUGUGUAGGGUAGUGU